GUGCAUCAGUCCAUACAUAACUUCACGUGCUUGCACGUAACGAAACGGGUAGGCAACCCAUCGUACUGGUCUGCAUGUUUAUGGCCAUAUCGAGAAUCCUCGAUCCCGAGAAGCGAGAUGUCAUCCGAAGGAAGCCAGGAUCGAGACUCGCGUGAUCGCAGAAAAGGCGUUUUUGAUGCCACAACCCUUUCGCACGCCCACCAUGGCGAGGAACGGAAGGGGAAGGAGGGCGCCAGGAGUAGCUGCAUAAAAGUAGAGCGGCGUCGAGACGCGGCGUAUUCUACGGCUCGAACGGAAAAGCGAGUGUUGAAUUUCUCCUCUUCGCACUCGCACACACUCACUCCUCCCUCCCACGCGACGAUCGGUCGAGUUUGUCCCUCGAGGACAGCCGGCUCAGUUAUCGCGUUAUCGCUCGAGCAGUUCGUCAAACCCACGUCGGCUUUCACAAAGCGAACACCUCGCGAACGGGCAACUCGAAGAGACAGGUGAAUAUCAACGACUCUGCACGGAAGGAAGCGUGAUUUCCCGGAAAUUCCGGAGAGUCGGAUCGAGAAAGGAUCUCACAGCAUUUGUGGCACACAUCGGCAGCGGAGCGUCAUGUGUGUCCGUUCACUGGUGGAUAUCGAGACCGUCGCGCCUUCCGCGAAGCAGAAUGACCGGUUGAUCCGCGUCAAAGAAAAAUACGUCAGGCUGCACGAUGAAAUGCUCGAACGCGAGAAACAGGAGCUGCUGCGCCAACAGCAGCAGGAACAGGCGACUUUCCACGUGUCGGCCGACCAUGUCUCGCCCAUCAGCACAAUCCACUACAGCCUGUUGCUGCACAAGUUGGCGGAGUAUUAUGAAAUCGCGCGUCGCACCAAGGCCUUCAAGAUCUUGUUCUACACGGCGCAACCGGCUCACGUAAUUAUGAUCGCGGCGGUCUUGUUCGUUAUGUCGGUCCUUAUCCCGACGAAAGAAAGAGCCUCUUCUGAUUCGAACUCUCACUCGAGGACAACGUCCUUCAUUUACCUCGCGGCCUUCGUCAUGCACUUUGGUGCCCAAAUCUGGAUGACUUUCGUAUCAGGUCUGUCCUUAUACUUCGCAUUGCCGCGACAUAUGUUCGGUGAGGUGCAGCGCGUCCUGUUCCCAAGAUACUUUACGAUCAACGCGUGCCUGAGUCUAAUUACGCUCCUUAUAUUUGUCAAGCAUCAUCCGGCGCAUACGUGGGACACGGAAAUUGCUAUUCAGGUCGGCGGGAUGUCUAUUGCUUUUUUCCUGGAACUGCUAAUACGAUUAUAUCUGACACCGCCGCUUUUGCGAUUGAUCGUGUUGAAGAAUAACUUGGAACGCGCGACGGGCGUCGGGGGUGAAAUCGGCCGUCAAAAUAUCGGUCCACUGAAGCACUGCCCGUACUACAUGAAGAUCCAUCGUGCCUUCUGCCAAAUACACGUGUGCAUUGCCAUGGGGAACAUGCUCACUGUGGCGUGCACGGUGCUUCAUUUGCAUUAUAUAGCGAGCAGAUUGUGCGUUCUGUAAGAGAAUAAUCGCUAGUAAAAGAUAUAUUCGUUUGCUACUAGAAUACUUUUCGAAGCAGUUUAAAAGAUUAUUUCCAAGGGAAAGAAAUACGUCUCAUACAAUGGAUUUGAUGAUAGAAACGAAAGUGUACACGAUAUAAUGCGAAAAAUGAUCUUCCCUGCCAUUAAUUGAAGUCAGACCAAGUCUCCCGAGUCUUUCGGCGGCGCAGUAGUUGGAAAGAAUAAACGUUAAUUCUUAGAUCUUAUUAUAAAUUUAAGACGACCUUAAGCCUUCGUUGUCACACGCUUAUUUUUGUCGCUUAGCUUACAUUGGGUCCGUGAGAUAACUUUUCUGAUAUACUCUUACUUAAAUUAGCGCUUCAUUUUCGGCCAUAUUCAGGUCUUUUGGGAUUAUCCGGUUAACCUCGAGUGUACGGUUAAUUUCUUAAAUUAAUUAUUGAUAAAUUAUUGAUUCUUCCAACGAUUAGAAAUAAAAAUGCGAACGAAUUUAUCGCAGCAACCAUUCACUUGUAGAUAUUUUCUGGUUGCCGAAGUAAUAUCCGUAAAUAUGGAUAUCCUUGUGGGAAUUAGUGAGAAACAAGUUCUCUCAUCGGUUGCAAUCCGAAUUGUGGUGUGAAAAACCGUUCAAAUCGUUUUGAAACCAAAUGUGUGUAUAUCGGGAUUAACGACUGUGGGAUCUUAAUUUUCCAUUCGGGUCAAUUUGAUCCACGAGUGCCAAACUAGAAUUGAGAUGAACUUAAGACGAUUUUAAACAUAAGAUCAGAUUAUAAAUGCUGCUCUAACACUCGCCCACCGCUUCAUCCUCUUCUCGAACAGCAUAAAUAUUUUUCAGACGACUUAGAGACGUCUGAGCGAAAGAUAUCCAUUUAAAUAAACUUGUGUGUUUUAUACGUCUUUUAGAUGCUUCUAUUUUUUGUUUAUGAUUUUUAAAAUUUAAAAACUCGUUUCAAGAUAGAUUUACAAUAGUAAGCCUUGUGCUCUAAAUUGUAAUGCAAUUUCUAGCAAAAGCAUUACCAAAGGUCAUAAUUCCUGAGAUUUAAACGAGUUAUUGCGAGUUUUGGCAAACGUCCGAAAUUACGUUACAUUCUAUUGCUUAGAGGACACAAAGCUUAUUACAUCUAUUGUAGGUCCGAGCUUAGACAUCUCUGAAAUGUUCCCAAGACGUAUUUCAGAUAUUUAUGCUGUCUGGAUAUAUAAGAAACAUGAUGAGAGAAAAGGAACGAGGUGGUCGCUUGCAAAAAUACAUGUCGGACAGUUUUGUCCUUGCAAUAUAAAACAGAUUGAGCUCGUUCUGCGUUCAAGCAGAACGACUACUCAGUGAGGAAGACCACCUUGUUCGUUCAUGAUCGCUAAUGAGGCGUGCACAUUCGCCUCUCAGAACAUUAUCCGAGAGAAAAUCGAGCCGAGGUGGUAAUGAUUAAUUCUCACUUUUCUCAUCGAUCUGCUUUUAAUUUCGUGUGGUGUAAAUUAUUGUUGAACAAUUGUCCGAAAUAUGCGUGCAUAUAAUUCGUGAGAGAUUGCGCGAGGACAAUUUAUAUUUGUCGACGCGUGAUUUUCUAUGUAAUUGCGUCCCAACUGUUUUCAAAAGAAUUGCCUCAGACCCAUAAUAUUGCUACUCGAAACUUGCCUCAGGUGAGACAUUUGAAUUUGAAGACAGAUGUGAGUUUUUCAAUUGAAUCCACGCACUUACAAAUACGCUAUAUCGCGUAUGACUUGAAUAAAAAUCUAAUUCAGAAUUGAGUAUCUCACUCUGAGGGACAAACGACUAUUAACAAAAGCUUUAAUCACGUUAAAUAUGACAGUAACAAUGCAUAUUUUGCACAUUCACCGUGUAUAUUAUUCUAAUCGAAAGUGGAAAGCAUUAUUAGAGUCGCAUAUAGAGAGUGAAAUCGACGUACGAAGCGUCGCGCACGCAUUCAAGUGUCUUCUCGCUGAUCCAAUCUUUCUUUAAAUCGAGCGCGAUCGCGCUCAAUAAAACUGAUAUUUUGAGAUACUCCUCUUUUUCCCUUGUCUUUUAGAGGACGAGUUGAUAUCGACAAAUUGCUCCGCGGGUACGUGGAAAGAUCGCGCACACAUUGAAGAAGAGGCAAUAAAAAUGCUCUUAUUGAUUAAUAUUUAUUAUUAAUAUUUAUUUAAUUAUAUAGUAAAAUUGCGCUAAUUUUUUUGUAAAGAUCAAGAUACAGGUACAAAAAUACCUACGUAUGUAUGUAACAAUCAGAACAUUCGUAUCGAACGAAAGAAAAAGAAGAAAGAACGACAAAUGAGUGGAUGCGUAAUCGCUUUAUGUUAAUUGACUGAAUUUACUCUUACGCUCUCAUUGUAAAUAUUGCAUACUACUCGCUUAGCGUCUGUCACAUAUCUCGUAUAACAAUACACAUGUAUUUGGUUCUUUUUGUAAGUUUCACUCUUCUCAAUCGUACAUUUCCCUUGUGAAUGUCUGUCCUUCUAUGCAGUCCAUUAUAUCCCCCCGGUGUAACGCAGUUCACAAAUUAACGAGAAAUACGACUAAACGCAAUUAAAAAAUCCGAUCCCAGUUUACAUCAAGAUGUCUUUGUAUUGCUUGGGAUGUCUGUCGAGAUGACAAUAAGAUCAACCGAGCCCGUGUAGAUAAAACGAGAGUUUUCUAUGAAUAACAUGUUUAAGUAUGUAUAGAUACAUCUUCUCGUAUAUCAAAAACUUACGUCUGUAUAUAUAAAAAGUCUGUACAUCGUAUAUUAAAAGUUGUCGGUACUCACAA